AUGGGACAGCCUCAAUCGCAUCAAACUCUGCAGCACCAAAAUGCUUCAAAGCAUAAGCAUAGCCAUAGGCUAUCAGAUGGAGCUCGUCCUCUUGGAUCUUCCAAAACAUUCAGCAUCCUUUUCGAUUCUGGACAAGUUCAAAUUAAAGUACUUGACGACCACUUAACUUGUGGCUGGCUACUAUCUGAAGUAAUUCGGCUGCACAAAGGAGAUAAACAAAUAAUUGGCCUUCAAACUAUAAAUAAUAUAGAUAUCCUCGAUCACUGGCUAAACGACUUCGAAAGGCCGCUUCAACCUUUCAAAGACAACGAAACUUUUCUGCCUGUCUACGAAAAGCAGAUUUUAAAAGAAAUUUCGACGGCUCAUUUUCUACCGAUUAGAACAAUUGGCAAAGGAGGGUUUUCAAAAGUCAUAGAAGCAAGAAAACUGGACUCAGGGAUUAUUUACGCGAUUAAAAUUAUGAAUAAGAGCUUUGUAAUUAACGAAGAAAAAGUAAUGCAAAUAAUAACCGAAAGAAACAUAAUGGAAAAAGUCAAGCAUCCUUUUAUAGUCAAUUUGCAUUGGGCUUUCCAAACUGUAACUUCUAAAUAGGGUAAAGAACUUUUUCUUGUUAUGGAUUUUUGCCCAGGCGGAGAGUUGUUUUUUCAUCUGCAUAAUUUGGGGAGGUUUACAGAAAAGCAAGCUAAAUUUUACUUUGCGGAAAUUUUGCUUGGGUUGGAGUAUUUGCAUAAUAUGAAUGUUGUAUAUAGAGAUUUAAAACCAGAAAAUAUUUUAUUAGAUAUGGAUGGGCAUGUAAAAUUGACAGAUUUUGGACUAUCAAAAGAAGGAGUUACUAAUAGGUCUAGAAGCUAUUCUUUUUGUGGCUCACCUGAGUAUAUGAGCCCUGAAAUGUUGAGAGGUAUCGGGCAUGGCAAAGAGGUGGACUUUUAUAGUUUACUCCCCAUAAGUGAGAAAAACCAUUGGAAAAGUCCCUAUUUUUUUUGGGUAAAUAGCUAUCUUUCUUAAGCAACAAAAUUUUUUUAACAUAAAAAUUUAAAUGUAAAAUAUUUUGAUAUAUAACCUUUAAUUUUAAAACGUGAAUUUACAGACUAUAUUAAUUUUUAAUUUACAAUUAUGCGAAACAGAGGUUUUAAAAACUUAAAACAAUUUUAACCUUCGUGAGCGUACAAAGUUUUUUGCUCGCUCACGAGAGGGAGUUAGGGGCUUUAUUAUUUGAAAUGCUUACAGGGCUUCCUCCUUUUUAUGACUCAAAUAGGUCCAAAAUGUACAUGAGAAUACUUCAAGAAGAGCUGGCUUUACCCAACUUUAUUAGUGCAGAUGCAAGAGAUUUGAUUUCAAGGCUCCUUGAAAAGGAUCCUGAAAUGAGGAUAGGAUCAAAAAUUGGGGCUGAUGCCAUCAAAGCACAUGCAUGGUGCUCAAAAAUCAAUUGGAAAAAGCUUGAAAACAAACAGAUUUUGCCACCAUUCAGGCCAAAUUUGAGAUAUUCAAAUUUUGAUCCUGAGUAUAUGGCAAUGCCAAUCGAUUUAAAUGAUUUUUUUGAGGAUUCUGAGAUUCUGCCUAAUGAUCUUUUUGAAGAAUUUAAUUUUUGUGGAAAUAGUAAAGAGAGAGCGUCUUGCUUUCAUAAAAUUGGAAUCCCAACAGAUAUUUCUGCUUUGUCGACUCAAACAAGUAAAUCUAUUGGGAUUUUGAGCAGAAAUGCAUCGAUGAGCAAGAUUUCAAUUAUUGCUGAGGAGGAUGACGCAACAGAUGCCAACACAACUCAUAUAAAAGAGUUUGAGCCUGCAAGUUCGCCUAAAGCGCUACUAGAUCAAGCCAAGCAAAGAAGAGAUACAGAAAUAUCAGACAAAAAAUUUACUUUUUCCUUGAAAGAUUUGAAAAAUGCUCCUAACUCCCCCUUCAUGAGCGAACCAAAAAUUCUCUUUUGCCUGAGGAGGUUAAAUGCUAUUUUAAAAAUUAAUAUAUAAAUUUUAUAGUAAUUUUUUUUAUUAUUAAACAAAAUUCCAAUAUUGAAAUAAUUUUAAAUCAAAUAUUUUUUAAUGCAAACUUUUAAUUCAAUAGAAUUACCUAGAGAUUUCAUUAUAAUAAAUAUCACUUAUACAAAAAAAAAUUUUUCAUAAAAAAUAUUUUGCUAGCUCGCGGAGGGGAGUAAGCGAAAGUCUCUGAACUUGGCUAUAUUUCCAGCAAAUUCAAAGCCAGCCCGAAUAAUAAAUCUAAUUAAAUUAAAUAGAUAUUUGCUAUUUAAUUUCUGAUAAAAUCAACAAAAACUUUUUUAAAAAAAUAAAUUCAAAAUGAUUCGGUAUAAAUGAUCGGCAAAACACAGAAAUUCCUCAUACAAUUGCAAGUCCAAAACCUUUUAUGACUUUUGAUCAAGGAAUGAAUAAACUAGUUGAUUCUGCUUCACCGUCAAUUAGACCAGCAAAAAAGCAGAAAAAGCAGGUUUACAAGCCAGGAACAGCGAAAAAGCAGUCAAGAAAUGAAGAAAUUUUUAAGGUCAAUAGAGUCCCAGAGUUUUUCAAUGAAGUUAAUAAGAAGCCUGGAACAACUAAAAGGCCAAUAAAAAGCAAUGGUAAUGUAUAA